GCCCCCUUGGCCACUGCCUCUCCUGAGGAAAGCGGUGAAGCUAAAAAGGGCGGGAGUUGCUCCUCGCCGGGGAGGUUGAGAAGUGCCGCUUCUUCAGCGGAGGGGAGGAGCGUAGGCGGAGAGGCGGAGAAGGCGGGCGACAGACAGACAGACAGAGUGAGCAAAUAGCCAGCCAGCCAAGUUGCGCUCGAGCUCCACCGAGAAGGCGCCCAGAGUUCAACCCGGUCUACAGCGGCUUCACUUUCUGCAAAGGCUCGGCCUCUGGAGAUGCGGCUGGCGAGCGGCUAACGGCCCUAGGGGCGGCCCGAGAGCUGCGGCCCGCUCGUCCGCUCUGCCGCCCAGGCCAGCGAAGCGCGCCAUGAACGGCUACGGCUCGCCGUACUUGUACAUGGGCGGCCCGGUGGCUCAGCCGGCCCGGGCGCCUCUGCAGCGGACGCCCAAGUGCGCGCGCUGCCGCAACCACGGCGUGCUGUCCUGGCUGAAGGGCCACAAGCGCUACUGCCGCUUCAAGGACUGCACCUGCGAGAAGUGCAUCCUCAUCAUCGAGCGGCAGCGGGUCAUGGCCGCUCAGGUGGCGCUGCGCCGGCAGCAGGCCAACGAGAGCCUCGAGAGCCUCAUCCCCGACUCCCUGCGCGCUCUGCCCGCCGGACCACCUGCGCCCGCCUCGGCCGGCUCCACGCCGCCCGGGCACCCCGCAGCAGGGCCCGCGGCAGCUGCCCCCGCCCCGACAGAGGGACCCGGUGGCGCCCCUAAUCGUCCCCCGAUGGAGCUGGCCGCAGCAGCCGCCCUCCGAUGGGCUUCCGAGCAGCCCACCACGGUCCUGCCACCGCAGUUGUCCAAAGCAGACAUGACCGAAGAACGACUGGGUGACACCAGCGGAGCAGACAGUGCUGAGACCUAUAGUGACAAAGACACUGACCAAAGGAGUACCCCAGAUUUGACAAAGCCCAAGAGCAGUUUCACUCCUGAGAGCCCAGAGAUUGUGUCUGUGGAUGAAGGAGGUUAUGCCAUCCAGAAAAACAGUGGGAGCACCGACAGCAGGCCUGAGAGCCCCAAAUACCAAUUGGAGCAAAACCACCUCCUGAUCGAAGGUCCAUCGGGGACAGUUUCUCUUCCUUUUGGCUUGAAAGCCAACCGGCCACCCCUUGAAGUGUUAAAAAAAAUCUUCCCCAACCAAAAGCCAACCGUGCUAGAAUUAAUCUUGAAGGGCUGUGGGGGUGACCUGGUGAGUGCUGUUGAGGUCCUUCUGUCAAGCAGGUCCUCAAUAGCUGGGGGAGACAGAACUUCUGCAGAAUCGGAAGGUCUGGUUUUGCCUUCAAAUGGUCACCUGUUUGAACACACUCUGAGUUCCUAUCCCAUUUCUUCCUCAAAGUGGUCUGUAGGGUCUGCCUUUAGAGUCCCAGACACACUGAGGUUUUCUGCUGACACUAGUAAUGUUGUGCCAAAUCCAUUGGCUGUCCCCUUACAGCAUCCAUUCCCACAGCCACCUCGGUACCCACUGAUGUUGAGAAAUACUUUGGCAAGAAACCAGCCCAGUCCAUUUCUACCCAAUGAUGUUACUUUGUGGAACACCAUGACACUGCAGCAGCAGUACCAGCUGAGGUCUCAGUACGUCAGCCCUUUCUCCACUAAUUCCACCAGUGUCUUCCGAAGUUCUCCUGUGCUUCCUACACGCCCAUCAGAAGAUCCUAGAAUUUCCAUCCCUGAUGAUGGAUGCCCAAUUGUGUCAAAACAGCCUAUUUAUACAGAAGAUGACUAUGAUGAAAGAUCUGACUCUUCAGACUCUAGAAUACUAAACACAUCUUCCUAGAAUGACAAUUCACAGUGAUAUUUUGCAAUGUGGCAGAAAAAUAAGGAAUUAUGAUCCGUGUAACUGUAUUUUUAAAAAGUGACUCUGCUUGUUAUUAUCCUUUAGCAAUAAGACAUAACUUAUUUUAUUUCUUGCACUUCACUGGAAAAUGCCAAAUAGCUACUACUUCAUGGCUUUAGUGCUGAAUGUUUGUUACAGAAGAAAGAUUAAUUUUAAGCAUAGUUGUGAGAAACCUGGGACUGUGGAACAUUUUAGAGUGGAACAAUUGGGAAUGUUGAUAUUGUACUUGAAUGCAGUGUUCAAAAAAGAGGACUCCUCAGGAUAUAAGAUAUUAAAAGCAAAUAAUUCACUAGCAAGUGGACUGAAUGGGGACCUUGUUGACAAUAAUCAUCCUUGGGUUAAAACCAAGUGCUGUGAAAGACUAAGAGUGAACCAUUUCCAUGCUUGGACACUUUUUGGAGAUACCUUAAACACUAUUCACAUGGCUAGAUGGAAACAUGUAUAACAUAAAUGUAAAGUCAAAUGCAGCUGUGAAUUGCAUGAAAAUGUAUUGUGAAAAAUGAAUACAUGAUUAAACAUUUGUCGGGUUAAUGUAGCAUGCUAAGGACUCUAGGGGCAAAAAUAAACUUGGAUGAUGAUCUUGG